CACACACACGUGUCACUUUCUUUUUGCGCACACACGCACACUCUAACCCACGAAGUGCGCCUGUGCUGUGAGAGAUGACUGAACACUGUUGCUCAGCCGGUCCUCACUGAGGCAGACACUCGCAGAGAAAGCCUCUGUCCGGGUUUGGUUUCAUUUGGAGGAACGACUCGGAGCUCUGUCUGGCGGGAUUUACGCGACAAAAAUGCGGCGUCUUGGACUGAGUGUGUGACAGUACUUUGCUGGUGCUGCGUCUCCAUGAAUGUCUGAAGGAAGCCCGUCUGUGCGCAGCUCGUGGUGUUGAAAGUUGUUUGGUUUUAGUCCGGGAGAAGAUGCAUUUUUUCCGGAGUCACAAUUAUCAAGUGUUCCCGGAUCGCUACUCGAUGGAAACCCCGAACAUACGAGGCAUCAGCUGGACACCACUGCCAGAAGCCCUGGAGUCAAAGGACACGAUGAAGCAGUUUCUUUCAGAUCGCGUUGUGAAGGCUGCGAGAUCAGUGUACAGUGUCAUGAUCGAGAGGAACCCCGGUCUGAUCCGAGACAGAAAGCAUCACCUCAAAACAUACAGACAAUGCUGUUCUGGGAAAGAACUCGUCGAAUGGUUGAUGAAACAGAACGAGUGUCUUCAGUGGAGAAGCCAGGCAGUUGGGAUGUGGCAGGUCUUGGUGGAUGAAGGAAUCCUUGUUCAUGUGAAACAUGAGUUAAACUUCCAUGACAAGGACACACAGUUCUACCGCUUCAAAGAUGCUGAGUUUGGCCUGAACCAUGUCGCAAAUGAGAGGGAUUCAGAGGAAGAGCUGCAGGAAGGUCUGUCUCUGCUGUCCCAGCUGGGUCCUGAUGCUCUCCUCACUAUGAUUCUACGCAAAUGCCCAAGUCACAGAACUGCUGAGGAUCUGGAUGUAAUCUACGAGGAGCUGCUCCAUGUCAAGGCUGCUGCUCAUCUUUCUGCCUCGGUGCGUAAAGAACUGGCUGCAGUGCUGGUCUUUGAAUCACAUGCCAAGGCCGGAACAGUCUUGUUCAGUCAGGGGGACAAAGGCACCUCGUGGUACAUCAUCUGGAAAGGCUCUGUGAACGUGAUCACUCACGGGAAGGGGCUGGUAACCACUCUCCAUGAAGGUGAGGACUUUGGGCAGCUGGCUUUGUUAAAUGAUGCACCUCGUGCUGCUACCAUUAUCUUGAGAGAAGACUGCCAUUUCCUCCGCGUUGAUAAACAGGACUUCAUACGUAUUCUCAAGGAUGUGGAGGCCAAUACAGUGCGACUGGAGGAACAUGGGAAAACGGUGCUGGUAUUGGAGAAGAGAACCAGCUCAGCCGAGCAAGGCGGAGCAGCAAGCAACAGCAAGUACACCGUCAUGUCAGGAACACCUGAGAAAAUCUUGGAGCACUUGGUGGAAACAGUGAAGUUGGAUUCUAAUGGAAAUUAUGCUUUAGAUCCCUGUGUGAGUGACUUUCUGCUCACACAUAAAGUUUUCAUGGCCUCCAGCCAGCUGUGUCCCGCUCUAUGGCACCAUUACCAGGCAGAGCUCUCGGAGGGCUCAGACCAGGAGAAAGCUGCCUACAUUCUCAACACCAAGCAGAAGGUAGUAAAAUUAGUUGGCCAGUGGGUGGCACUGUAUGGCCUUCUGCUGAAAGAAGACCCUAUUUCUUUGGACUUUUUGGAGAGAAUGAAGAAGGAGGUGGCAACUGAUGUCCGUCUGUCCAGCCUACUGAAAGAACAAUUUAGGGAAAGGAGGAGAAUCAAAAUGAUGGAGAAUGGAUAUCAGUCACUUGGCAGGAACCAGCCAUUCGAUUGGUUUUCCUGCUAUGAGGAGCCUUCAGGGAGGUUACAGCCAAUCAAAGCACAGGAUAAAGUACUAUAUGAAAUCUACAGGCCAGACAACAAACCUCUCACUGUGAUGCUCCCAGUGAACACGUCAGUACAGGAUGUGAUGUCAGCAAUCGUCAGACCUAGUGGUGAUCACAUCCUGGUCAAAAUGAACUCCACAGGAGAAAGAGCUCAGUUAAAGCUGGACGCGACUGCAGUCUACACUGCCUUGGGACUCAACGAAAGACUGUUCAUCUGCACAGGCAGCCAAGUGGAACAACUGGUUCCCCUCAGGGAGCAGCAGGGUCCAGAGCGAGGAACGACUGAUGUUCUCGAACAGAUGGGCUCGAAAGACAUUGCCAGUGAACUGACAAAUUAUGACUGGGAGCUAUUCAAUGCCAUGCACGAGGUGGAGCUUGUUUGCUACAUAUUUGGCCGUCACAAGUUCCCAGGUGCCACCACAGCGAACCUGGAGCGGUUUGUGCGACGUUUCAAUGAAAUGCAGUUCUGGGUGUUGACCGAGUUGUGCCUCUGUGAAGACCUGAUGAAACGAGCCAUUCUGCUGAAGAAGUUCAUCAAAAUUGCUGCUGUCUUAAAGGAGCAGAAGAAUCUCAAUUCCUUUUUUGCUGUGAUGUUUGCUUUGAGCAACAGUGCAGUACAGAGGCUUUACAAGACCUGGGAGAGAAUACCGAGCAAAACAAAAAGAAUUUAUUGUGCUUAUGAGAGGCUGAUGGAUCCUUCACGCAACCACAGGGCCUACAGACUCACUGUGGCCAAACUCAGUCCUCCUUACAUCCCCUUCAUGCCUCUGCUGCUCAAAGACAUGACAUUCAUCCAUGAGGGAAACUCAACCUACGUCGACAAAUUGGUCAAUUUUGAGAAAAUGCGAAUGAUUGCCAAGACAGUGAAAAUCGUGCGAGGAUGCAGAAGUCAGCCGUUCGUGCCUUCAUCUCCACAGAGAGGCCUGGCUGAUCGGAUGUUUCUGGAAGGGCCUUCUACUCGCAUAUCAACGUACUCAGACAACACCCUCCCUCUGCGAAGUCCCACCAACAUCCGACACUACAUCCAGAACCUGAUGGUGAUUGACAACCAGCGCAAGCUCACACAGCUAUCACGGACAUUAGAAUGCUAGGACAUGAGUCUGCAGAUGUGAAGAGACUGUAGAAAUGUAGCACAAAUCUGAACUGAUGAGCUGGUUCUUGCUCAAGCCACAAAGCCUCCUUACUUGUCUUGAAAAGAUGGACCUCUUGCAGUGUCAAGUGCAAUGGAAACAUAAGGAGAUUGGACAUUAUACAGCUCCAGACAUGGACAUCACACAGCAAUGGUAACACCUCUGACACGCCCCCGGCAGGAAACCACGUGGUUCAUCCCAUAGACAGCACAUAAAUCAGGCAAUAUGUCAACAAAAAAUGCCGGCAGUUUUCGUCAUAAAAGUGAAGAAUGAAUAGCUUUUGUGCCCCGGGAUGCUCCACAGAGCCAGAGAGACGGCAGAGGUGGCUCGCUAUUACAAG